AAGCAGGAUCCGAGGGACCAGGGCUGGGGGGGGCCACUCCGCUUCCUCCUCCCCAACAAGUCUCUAGGUAUUCAAGAGCCUGCCCAGAGGAGGUUUUGCCCAUUAAAGCAUGAACGUUGGACAUGGCUGCCCCCCGUUGCUGCUCCCGGAGGGGGCCGCCGCCUCCCCGUCCCUCUAGGAUGCUCUGGAAGCCGGUCCUGCUGCUGGGCCUGUGGCUGCCCUCGCUGGCGUGGGCCGGAGCGUCGCCCACUUCCUGCCCGGCCGCCUGCUCCUGCAGCAACCAGGCCAGCCGGGUGAUCUGCACGCGCCGGGAGCUGGUGGAGGUGCCGGAGAGCAUCUCCAUCAACACCCGGUACCUCAACCUGCAGGAGAACAACAUCCAGCUCAUCAAGACCGACACCUUCAAGCACCUGCGGCACCUGGAGAUCCUGCAGCUGAGCAAGAACCUGAUCCGCAAGAUCGAGGUGGGCGCCUUCAACGGGCUGCCCAACCUCAACACGCUGGAGCUCUUCGACAACCGCCUGGCCACGGUGCCCACCCAGGCCUUCGAGUACCUCUCCAAGCUGCGGGAGCUGUGGCUGCGCAACAACCCCAUCGAGAGCAUCCCGUCCUACGCCUUCAACCGGGUGCCCUCCCUGCGCCGCCUGGACCUGGGCGAGCUGAAGAAGCUGGAGUACAUCUCCGAGGCGGCCUUCGAAGGGCUGGUGAACCUGCGGUACCUGAACCUGGGCAUGUGCAACCUCAAGGACAUCCCCAACCUGACGGCGCUGGUGCGGCUGGAGGAGCUGGAGCUGUCGGGGAACCGGCUGGACAUGAUCCGCCCCGGCUCCUUCCAGGGCCUCACCAGCCUGCGCAAGCUGUGGCUGAUGCAUGCCCAGGUGUCCACCAUCGAGCGCAACGCCUUCGACGACCUCAAGUCGCUGGAGGAGCUGAACCUGUCCCACAACAACCUCAUGUCGCUGCCCCACGACCUCUUCACCCCCUUGCACCGGCUGGAGCGGGUGCACCUGAACCACAACCCCUGGCACUGCAACUGCGACGUCCUCUGGCUCAGCUGGUGGCUGAAGGAGACGGUGCCCAACAACACCACCUGCUGCGCCCGCUGCCACGCCCCGGCCAACCUCAAGGGGCGUUACAUCGGCGAGCUGGACCAGAGCCACUUCACCUGCUACGCGCCGGUCAUCGUCGAGCCGCCCACCGACCUCAACGUGACGGAGGGGAUGGCGGCGGAGCUGAAGUGCCGGACGGGCACCUCCAUGACCUCGGUCAACUGGCUGACGCCCAAUGGGACGCUGAUGACGCACGGCUCGUACCGGGUGCGGAUUUCCGUGCUGCACGACGGCACGCUCAACUUCACCAACGUGACGGUGCAGGACACGGGGCAGUACACCUGCAUGGUGACCAACUCGGCCGGCAACACCACGGCCUCGGCCACCCUCAACGUCUCGGCCGUGGACCCGGCCGCCACCGGCUACACCUACUUCACCACCGUCACCGUGGAGACGCUGGAGACGGCCCAGGAGGACGCGCUGCCCACCAAGAAGGAGCCGGGCCCCACGCCCGCCGUGGGCUGGGACGUGACCUACUCCACCACCUCCCUGACGCCCCGCUCCACCCGCUCCACGGAGAAGCCCUACACCGUGCCCAUCACCGACGCGGCCGAGGGCGGCAUGAAGGACCUGGACGACGUGAUGAAGACCACCAAGAUCAUCAUCGGCUGCUUCGUGGCCAUCACCUUCAUGGCGGCCGUCAUGCUGAUCGUCUUCUACAAGCUGCGCAAGCAGCACCAGUUCCACAAGCACCACGGCCCCACCCGCACCAUCGAGAUCAUCAACGUGGAGGACGAGCUGCCGGCCGCGGCCGGCGCCCCCGGCGACAGCCACCUGGCCCUGCCGGCCCUGGAGCACGACCACCUCAACCACUACGCGGCCUUCAAGGCCCACUACAACAACAACGCGGGGGCCCUGGCGUGCGCCAAGAACCCGCUGCUGAACUCCAUCCACGAACCUCUGCUGUUCAAGAGCAGCUCAAAGGAGAACGUGCAGGAGACGCAGAUCUGAGGACGGGGACGCCCCUUGCGGCCGGCCUGCCUUCCCCCCUCCGCCCGCCCCGACCACGCGGCCCGCCCGCCCCCCGGCGGCCCCGGGAGGGGGAGCGGGGAAAUGCCUCCGGGGAGAGAGACCCCCCCGCAACCCGCCCA